AUGUCGAGCUCACCCGUCUACUCAGACCCUGAAAAGGGUGUCGAGCCGAUCAAAUCAUACGAUGGAACUGGCCGAAAGGCCUCUCUGACCGUGCGAAAAGCCUCAGUCGUAGAGUCCAUCGUCGCCGCCGAUCUACUCGACGAGCGAUAUGCUACCACUCAGCGAGGUCUGAAGAGUAGACAUGCUCAGAUGAUUGCCCUGGGCGGAACCAUCGGAACUGGACUCUUCGUUGGGUCUGGCUCGGUUCUCGCCAAAGGUGGCCCUGCUUUCAUUCUUGCAGCUUAUUGCAUCAUGACUUUCUUGGUCUACUGUGUUGUAACAGCCAUGACCGAAGUUGCAACCUAUCUGCCAGUUCACGGUGGCACGAUGUCUUACUACGGCUAUAGAUAUGUCUCUCGAUCGUUGGGCUUUUCUCUGGGCUAUCUAUACUGGUAUGCACUGGGUAUUCUAGUGCCCUACGAAAUCACCGCUGCUGGGUUGGUCAUCAAUUACUGGCCCAACGACGUCAACAUUGCCGUGUGGAUGACAAUCAUGACGGUUGUCAUUGUCGCUCUCAAUUUCAUGCCCGUCAAAUACUAUGGCGAGACCGAAUUCUGGUUUGCUGGCACCAAAGUGAUUCUCAUGAUCGGCCUCCUCCUUCUGUCCUUCAUCCUCUUCUGGGGCGGCGGUCCGAGCCACGAUCGACUCGGCUUCAGAUAUUGGAAGGAUCCUGGAGCCGCCCAUCCAUUUAUAAAGACAGGAGACGCUGGACGAACCAUCUCAUUCUUCUCAACACUGGUGUCUUCGGUCUUCCCUUUCACCUUUGCGCCCGAGUUACUGGUGGUGACUGGCGGAGAGAUGGAAUCCCCACGCCGUAACCUUCCCAUCGCUUCCAGACGCUACUUCUACCGUCUAGUCUUGUUCUACGUCCUUGCGGUACUAGCCAUCGGCGUCACAUGUCCCAGUAAUGACACAAGGCUGACCGAUGGCGGAGCCGGCGCUGGCUCUUCUGCAUUCGUUAUAGCCAUCGCCGACGCUGGAAUUUCGACCCUUCCCUCGAUCGUCAACGCCGUUAUUCUGAUCUCCGCCUGGUCUUCUGGCAACUCCUUCCUUUACAUCUCCAGCCGUGCUCUGUACAGUUUGGCAGUCCAGGGAUCCGCCCCAAGGAUGUUCAAAGCCUGCAAUCGCUGGGGUGUGCCAUACCUCGCCGUGGCCGCUUCUUCACUUUUCUGCGGUCUCACCUAUUUGAACGUAGCCACCAGCGGUGCUAUAGUCUUCAAUUGGUUCGUCAAUUUGACCAACACAUGGGGCAUGACUUCGUGGGUGUGCUGUAUGGUCAUCUACCUUCGUUUCCGGAAAGCCACCGACGCCCAGGGUGUCGAACGCCCGUUCAAGAGCUUCAUGCAGCCGUACGGAGCCUACAUCGCCGCCGUGAUGUUCACGCUACUCUGCCUGAUCAACGGCUUCACUGUCUUCUUCCCCGGCCGCUUCUCCGCGACCAAUUUCUUGACCGCGUACAUCGGCAUCCCCAUCUUCUUCGUCAUGUACUUUGGCCACCGCAUCGUCUUCUGGCGCGACAAGUGGGCCUGGUCGCCCGAGGAGGUUGAUCUCAACACCGGCCUCCAGGAGAUUAUCGAUGCGGAGACCCCUGUCAAGGAGAGAAAGGGCUUCGCGAAGAUUUGCUACCUGAUCGAAUAA